AUGGCGGCGCCCACGUAUCAUGAUUUGCUUGAAAAGACUAGAGAACAACCAAUGUUCCAGGACCUGCUAAGAUUUCUGUAUGAGUUUGCCUGGAUACACAACUUUGUGACGACACGUUUUUUUGUAGACGAAGUGUGGCGACAUAUGCCUCAAGAGUGGCGUGAUGUUCUGCUGGCCUUGACUGCGGAGGAGUUGAACCACCUGCCUUUUGAAUUCCAUCAGGAAAGGGCUCACUUCCCUCCUUCACUGAAGAGGUUCCUGCAGAUGUCACACAAACUGUCUCUGAUCAGGGAUCAAGUCAACAUCUUGGGCAAGAAGGCUGUAGACCCAAAUCUGAAACGUGGAAUGUCGCCCAAAAAACUUCAUGAAGUUACUAAUAUGUCUGCUGUUGUCAUGGAAACUGCAUCCAAAGCUGGCUGUGAUGUCAUUGUAGAUAUAGGAUCAGGAUUGGGUUACCUGGGCCAGGUGCUACACAAGUGCUAUGGGUACUCGGUGGUUGGAGUGGAGGGUUGUGACGGACAUGUGGAGCGGGCUGAGAAGAGAGGUGCUAAACAAGAUCUCCAAGAUGGCUGCAUUCACAAUGUCACCUUCAACCUACAGCAGACAGGGGAACAUCUCAACGUGUUUCAUGACAAAGUAUCCAAGGCUCUGAGAAGUCUAAAGCCAUGUGUUCACUCACAGACAGCAGUUCAGAAUCCAUGUCAAGUUGAUUCAAAACUGAAAUCUGAAAGGGACACACGAUGCCAGGCUGGUGUUAGUCCUCAAGAUGAGAACCCAAAUUUGGACAAUAAAUAUUCUGGGAUGGAAGUAUGUCAAAGGAUAUAUCGUGGAAGGAAUAUCUGUUUAUGCAAUGAUGUGUCUGAUAACACAGCCAGGACUGUUGUUAAUGCCUCUGGAAUGUGUCCUGGUGGAAAUGAAUCAACUCAAACAUCACCGAACCUGCCUAAAAAUGACAUCCGGCAAGAAUAUCCUGGAGGUGAAGCAGAGACGAGUCAUGUGCCUGUUGCUGCACUUUCAUCUGAAGAGAGACGUGUGUGUAUGAUCGGCCUUCACUGCUGCGGGGACCUAACUCCCACAAUGCUUUGGUACUUCCUGCACAUGUCCAGUGUCCGGGCACUGUGUCUUGUGAGCUGCUGUUACCACAAGAUGUCCUUUGAUGAAGAUACCAGCCAGUUCAACAGCUUUCCUCUGAGUGAGAAUUGUCGGGAAGCCUACGCUGACAUGAAACGCCAACACCCUGGCUGGAGCCUUCACCCUGUCAGCUUGAGACUAGCAGCCCAGGAAACUAGGUCUCGAUGGAAGGCUCAGACGGAGACAGACCACGACACCCAUGUUAGACAUGUUGCUUAUAGAGGGAUACUAGAGGCAUUCUUUAUGGAAGGUUUGUCAGCACCAACCUGUGCCUGUGGGUUUCAUCAAAGUGGUAAGGUCUAAGACAUGCAUCAUUCAGAUUUCCUCCCACGUGAAGCUGACACAAGGUGAUAUGAAUCAAAUACGAAGGGGUAUCUAAAACUUUUGCCUCUGUGAGGAUGCUGAUUUAGCAGCCUAUGCUGGUCGUAAGAGGCAGCUAAAUGCAUCUGGUGAUCAGCCUUGGUAUCUUGGUUGAUGACAGGUCAUCGUACCCCGGGUGUGGGUGUGUAGAUGUUCAUCAAGGAUUGUUUCCGUACACCCAUAGGAGAAUAUAACCAGGCUGUGGAUGGCGUCAAUGUUUUCUUUUCUGGUACUGGUGGUUGAUCAUCUUCCAAACUCUCUCUCCAAUUAGUGUCCAAAAUAAUUGCCUGCCCACCUGCCCGUGGCUGACAACAUUUCUGUUGGGCUGCAUGAAGUUUUCCUCCACCUGCCUGACUGUCUUGCCGAUAAUUUUAAGACUACUUAUGUAUUUGGUUUUAUUAUCACUCCUUGUAGAUUCUGGAGUAAUUGUUUGCAUUAUUUCAACUGAAUCAAGAUGUGAUUUGUCUUAUUUUUUAAAGAUUUUUCAAUAUUUAUAAUGUGUAAAUGUGGGCAGGCAACUUUGAAGAUUGGCAGGCAACAUUUAUGGGUCACCUGCCCAACUGUCUUUUGGGGUUUAAUAAUGAUUUCAAACACUGCUCCCAUGCUGAAAUUCCUUCACCCAAUGCUUUAUUGUUGCAUUUGAAACUGCAUGCAAGCGUUCAUAAAUAUUUUUGAGUGAUUGAACUUCUAGGGUAUUUGAUGACUGUAAUCAAUUAUUGAUGAAGUUAUCAACAAGUCAUUGGACUGCAGCAUGCCAGAUUGUGACAUAUGGAUCAAUGAACACAGAUCAAUAUUAUUAUGUGUCACACGUGAUCUAACAUUUACCUACACAAGCCAGUGUCCAAUUGUUCCUUGUACAGUUAAUCCUAACUCACUCACUCACUAACUCU